GGACACAAGUCAAAUCAACGAAUUGGAGUUGUCAGUCCAACUGGAAGACGCUGUUUGGGACGAGACACUAGGAACAAAACAGUGAGUGCUCUGUACCAUCAUCGUGUUGCCAAUUAUAGAGCAAAGCAUUGUCAUAAUACUGUCACACAUAACAAGACCAGUGCUUCACAAUUUUUAUGCGCCUAA